GAUUAAUAAGAAAAAAAAUUCAAACACUGACAAUAAAAUUUAAAAAUCUUCACGAAUUGAAUAAAAUUUAUGAGAAAAGUAUUAAUCAACCGUUAAUAACAGUUUUUCUAUCAAAUGAAAUUUCAAUGAAGAAAUUUGAAAUUUUUUCCCAAAAAAUCAACAUGAAAUGGGGAAUCUGGCUUAUUAUUAUUACAAAUAACAAUUUCCGAACAUCAAUAAAUUAUUGUCCAAAGCCAAGGGGAAAUAUUUUUCAUUUAUCAUUCAAUAGUAAAGUAAUUGUCAAAUGUCAUGAGAAUAAAAAUCUCUAUAAAUGGAAUUCCAUCAAUGAAAAUCAAAUUGAAGUUCAUAAUUUUGCAAAAUGGGAUAUGGAAAAUCAUAUUCACAAUAAAACAAUUGAUAUUUUUUUCAUUAAAAACGAACAAAUUGGUGGUAAACAAUUGAAAAGUGCAACACUCGCGAAUAAACCGAACUCGACGAAAAAUGAUUCGGAACUUUAUAUAAUAAUUCUUACUGAACUGGGAAAAGUGAUGAAUUUUACACAUUACACGACAUCGGAGGAGAGUCAAUAUGGAGCAUUGGAAAAUGGUAUUUGGACGGGUGUAAUGAAUAAAACUUCAACGGGUGCAGUUGAUGUUGCAGCCGUUGGAAUGUCAAUGACAGAAAAAAGAAUUCGAAGUGUUGAUUUUACACAACCAAUUAUAGAAUCAUUUAAGGCUUUAUAUUUUAGAAAACCACAAGGCAGCCAAAUUCGAAGAUUUGGAUAUUUUCAGGCAUUUAAUAAAUACGUUUGGGGAGUUUUGAUAUUAUUAUUAAUUAGUAUUCCAUUAUGCAACACGUACAUAAUGAAAGAAGGAGAAAAUUACUCAUCAAUUACACUUUUGUUUGGAGAAAAUUUUUUAGAUGUUUGGCGAAUUUAUUGCCAACAAGGAAUUUCAGACUUUCCAAAAAGAGGUUCACUGAGAAUUAUUUAUUUUGUAACAUUUAUGUUGUCAUUGGUAUUGUUAUCGGCUUAUUCGGCAUCAUUAAUUAGUCGGCUUGCAGUGUCAACACCCACAUUACCUUUUACAUCCAUAGAAGAAUUCAUUUCACAGAAGAAAUAUAAAAUGAUUGUUAUUCAUAAGGGAGAAACUUUUGACUCUAUAAAAAAUUUCAAAGACAAAGAUUCCAUUGGAAUGAACAAAUUAUUAAAGGAAAAUAAAGAAUUACCUCUGAGUUUCAACGAGGGAUUUAAUAUGAUUUGUAAGGAUAGAUAUUCAGUGUUUUUGGUGGAACAAAGUGCAGAAACAUCGAUCGAUGAUGUUAAUCUUUGUGAUUUAUCAAAAAUUCCCACAGUAACAAAAAUUUCCCUAGCCAUGUCACUUCCAAAAAAUAGUCCUUAUACCGGAAUGUUCAAUUACCACUUACAGAGAUUUAAAGAAUUCGGAAUACUUAAUCGACUAGUGAGUCAAAGAAUGAAAAGAAAUGAUAAUUCUGAAUUAAGAAAUUUCGAUUCAAUUUCUUUGGGUGCAGUUAAUACAAUUUUUGAAAUUGUAUUAUGCGCUUUCUUUUUGUCAGUUUUUAUAUUAGUUUUAGAAAAAAUUCACUUCAAUUAUUAUCAGAAGAGAGAGAAGGAGAGAAGAAAUCAAAUGAUUACUGAUUUUAUUCAUCGAAGUAAUCUCAGGAAUAAGAAUUCUUUUCUAAAUGGUAAUUUUUUUGAUCAUAAUAAGGAAUCUUCGAUAACGAUAUUUCAUUAUUCUGAAAACGAUGACUUCAUCGAAAAGCAAUAUUUAUUAAAAAUAACAAAUCUACUGUCGAAGCGGGAGAUUGUUUCAAUAACAGCCGACUUUCGUGAUUGGGGAAAAAUGCGAAAGCACUAUUGGGAGAAGAAUAAAGAGAAAAUACACGGAAGACGACCAAUGAUUGUCAUUUUAUUAUCAGAUGAAAAAAGUUUAAAUCAAUUUCGCCGUAUGUGUGUGGAAUUAAAUUCAGAGGAGCAAUUAUUUUUUCUCGUACUAUUCGUUAAAACGGAUAAAGAAUAUUUAACAGAAUUUUGUGAAAAUCCCGAUAGAGGUUUCUUUCUACUUCGUCUCGAUGCCUUUAUGGUUGUCAAAUGUUACGAUAAUGAUAGACUCUAUGGUUGGUAUACAUUAAGUGGUGAUUUUAUGGAGGUAUCAACAUGGGCAAUAUGGGAUCCACAAAUUGAAUUUUUAACAAUGAUUCUUGAUCAUAGUCAUCGAAGAAUUGAUUUAAAAGGAAGAGUACUAAAAAUAGGAACUGUCGAGUCAUCGGCUCUAACUUCAUGGACAGAGGACAAUAUAUUAGAUGGUUUCUUUGGUCAAUUGUUGCACGAACUUCAAAUCUGCAUGAAUUUCACAUGGGAAUUAGUGGCAAAGGAACGUGAAUACGGCAGUUGGAAUGGUACCGGUAAUUAUUGGACAGGAGCAACGAAAUUAUUGUACGAGAAGAAAAUCGAUUUAUUAGUGACUGAUUUGGCAUUAACAUCUUUAAGAAUGACUGCUAUUGAUUAUACAAUUCCGUUAUUGAAUGUUUAUUCCCUUCUUUAUGUCAAAAAACCACAGUCUGGAACAGUUGUCAAGUGGUUAGGAUAUUUUAAGUUCUUUGACGUUCGUAUUUGGCUUGCACUAAUUAUAGUGAUACUAAUCACCCCGCUCAUUUUGACGGUCAUGAAAAUGAAAAUUCGCGAAUCGAGCAUUCUCUCUCUACUGCUGAUGGAAAAUUAUCUGAAUAUUUGGGGCAUCUAUUGUCAACAGGGAUUAUUAGAAUUUCCAUCACAAACAUCACUACGAUUAGUGUACUUCUCGAUUUUUGUCUCUGCCUUAAUUAUUUUGAAUUAUUAUUCAGCUAUUUUAAUAAGUCGGUUAACGUAUCCCAUACCAAGUGUUUAUCUUCCGGAUAUGAGAGCUUUUGUUGCCGAUGGGACAUUCAAAUUGAUAACUUUAAAAAAUGGAGCAGAUUAUAAUAUUUUUGAGUUUGGGAAAACUCCGAUUUUAAAAGCAAUGUUCAAACUUAUGCUGACAUCAGAAGAUUUACCCGAAUCAGUUCAAGAAGCAUUCGAUAUGGUUUGCGAGCAAAAAGUUGGCUUUUUCGUUGUAGAAACAGCACGAAAAAUUCACGAUCUUCACAUUAAGUGCGAUUUACAUGAAAUUAAUACGAAUUUACUUGAAAUAUCGGCAAUGGCUAUACCGAAACAUAGUGAAUAUAAAAGUGAAAUUAAUCGAAAUUUCUUCACUUUUGAAGUAAAUGGAAUGUUGAAGAGAUUUUACGAACAAUAUUUCUAUCACGAAACAGUACCAGACGAACCGAAAUCACAAGUCACUAUUUGGGAAAUUGUAAUUCUCUUGUCAAUAGUUGCCGCUGGAAUUAUUGUCAGUAUUUUAAUCUUAUUGGCCGAAUUAAAAGUUUACUUCCUGCAUAAACUGGCAACAGUGAAAAAAAGCAGUAGACACAAAAACAAUUUCUUCAAAAAGUUUAAAAAUCAUCCAAUUGAUUUGCACCACUCCAAUCGAAAUGGACCACCAAAUAUCAAAUUUACGAAAAAUAAUCGUGAAUAUAAAAUUGUAUUGAGUCCAGGAAUCUAA